GUUGAUGUGAACAAUGAAUUGUUUCUCAUUCCCAUAUAAAAGCGACGUUAUCACCGCAAGAAAGCAAACGCGUCAACCCCUCCCAAAUCCACGCGUACCCUAGUGCCAAGAACCCCACAUUCGGCGCAUCAUCAAGAUGUACGAUCACCACCCUUCCUCCCCAGACAGCUUCUACUCCGCCAUUCAAUCCCCAGAAAACCCAGCCAGUGACCAUGAAAUGACUGACGUCCAUGACAUUCCCGUACCCGCGAAGAGAUACUGUCCUUCCAAAAGUCCUGCGAGAGAAAUCCAGCAGCAUUGCCAUAUCUUUUUCGAUGAAUCCCUGUGUACGUGCCUGGUCAAAUCAUAUUUGUGUACCUCGAUACACGCGCUUACACACCAGCAGACCACAGCGCACUGAGUCUACUCAGUGAUCUCGUUACAGCCGGCGCAUCCCAUCCAGAUUGUCUGAAUAGACCGGCCAUUACUCCUAUUCCCUUCCAUAUCGAACUCGUCAGCGCCCUGCUGAUACAUCCGCGAUGGACGACACAUUUACUCCAGAAUGAGAGCGCUGACCUACCUGCGCGAGCGAUUACCCUUCUGCGAAAUAUACUCUCAAUACUGGGCCCACUGAAUGCGAACCUAGGCGAGGCAUUCUCUUUCUCCGAGCCAGAAGGUCAUAGGCCAAUGCGGGGUGGUCGCCCACGACAUGUCGCAGAGACAGAUACAGGCAGCAGUUCUUCAGAGGAAGAAAGGCCGGAUCGUAUGCUGGGAGUGAUCGCGAAUAGCGGAAGAUUACGCAGAUGCGCAAAGGAUUUUUGGCAUAUAGUAGGAUGGGCUUUCAAUUGCAGUGUGAAAUAUCCAAAACGAUGGCAAUAUUGGAAGGUCUGGUUGGAGUUUAUGUUUGAUGUUCUACACGAAGAUUAUGAAGAGAGGAAACGACUGGACUUAGAAAAGCACGAAAGGGAUGGGAGGAGGCCGAAUCAAGAUCCUGAGUAUUCUAUGUUACGGAACUCUCUGCUGCUUGAAUAUUUGGUUCACGUGAAGGGAAGGACUUCUGCUUUGAAGCGUGUUGCGAGGUCGAUAUUUGCAAAUGGGCAAGAGGCCAGUUUGAGGGAAUUCCCAGAAGUAUAUCCGAACGAAACCAGAGUUCCAAAGGAUGAACAAGGCCGAAAGCGAAAGCGGGAAGACAGUGUGCAGGAGGCAAACUUUGGGGAUUAUAAUGACGAGAUGGGAGACGAUGCUUUUGAAAGCCCAAAGUCGCCAUUGAGUGAUGACGAAGGAGAGGAACCCGAGGUUGAUCUGCUUCUGGGAGGAACGGAGUCUAUUGCUCUAAGACAGUGUAUAGUAAAACUGGUAUUUCAACCCCAAACGGGAUCAAAAUGUCGUAGACUAACAAACUCCAGCUUUCCCAAGCGACAGCCGAUAUAUCAGAAGAAUUCGCCGGCACGGUAGACUACUUCGACUCCAUAUACGAAUGCACGAAAGUGCUACCUAACCCCGCAUUCUCACUAUUCCUCUCACCCUCCAGGACAUCGCAACUUCCAGUCGUCGUUCAAACCUCCCUCAUCCAACUCAGUCUCCUCCGACUCCUCCCCAACAACGCGCCCAUUCCAGCCAAAGUCCUAGGUCGAUCAAGAGACGAGGUAACCCAGGAGGUCCUCGAGAAAUGCUAUCUCCCCUUUCCCGCCAUGACUUCCUCCGUGGAUGACAACACCAAGCUCUCUAUCCUGAUAGAAAACAUCUUCCGGAUUUAUGUCAAGCAGGAUGGUGAAUGUUACCAUACACCCGUCCUGGAUCACGCGAUCGAGAAGGGCAUUAAAGCCCGUGAGAAUAAGAUUAAAGAUGAUAGAAAGAAGAAGAGCGCGCAGGUGAGGAAGAGGGAUGAUGCGGAUAGGGCGAUGAUGAGGGCUAGUGCGGAGAGACUUAGGUCGCUUUUUAAGUGGAUUGAACAUAAGAACCUUGCGCAUAGGAGGGCGUGAGGGGUUGUUGUGAUGGGGUGGGUUGUUGAUUGUGAGGUCUUGUAUAAGUAAAUUACUUGCUUUGAGCGGCGGUAUUGUGGCAUAGGUUGGACGGAUUUGCAUUGCAUGGGUGUGGGCAUUGGUGUUGGUGUUGGGGUAUGGAGGAAAUAUCAUUGUAUGAUUCUUUCUAAUGCAUGAGUUCCACCAGCUCCAUUAUAGUAAUUCCUUACCCGACACCUCUAGGAAAACAUUCUUUCCUCCAAGUUGAAACUUAGUAGAAGGUGCUUGUGCUUAAGCUCAUGAGACC